ACCGAGAAAGAACCGGCGCGUUUUAUUGUGCAGACCGAAAAGUAUUUUUAUACUUCCUCGUUAAACCCUAGUACACUCCAGAUCAAAACCCCGUACCCGGAAAAAGAAAUCUCUGCUUCUCUUCUUCUGUAAUGGAGCAGCAGCAGCAAAAGGACCCAAUAGAGCAACAACAACCAAUAUGUGAAGAGUGCAAAGAGAACCCAUCAAAGUACAAAUGCCCUGGCUGUUCUCUGCGCUCUUGCAGUCUCCCCUGUGUCAAAGCUCACAAGCAUCGCACUGGCUGCUCUGGGAAACGGAACCAGACCCACUUCGUUCCUCUUUCUCAGUUCAAUGAUAGUCUGAUUUUAUCUGAUUAUAAUUUGCUUGAGGAGACAAAGAGGGUUGCUGAAUCUGCUCAGAGAAUGAGAACAAAAUUGUGCGCAUAUCCGCAGUUUAGAUUACCAGCUUACCUUCAGAGUCUUCGACGUGCCGCUGCGAGUCGGAGAACAAAGCUUAUUUUUCUCCCAAGUGGAAUGUCAAAGAGAGAGAAGAACCAAUCUCGAUACAACCAAAGGAAGAAAUUUAUAGCUUGGACAGUUGAGUGGCGAUUUCAUACUACGGAUGUCGUUUUACUUGACCAUGGAGUUCAUGAAGACAGAAACCUUUUUUCCGUAAUUGAGCAGCAUCUAAAUCCUGGACCAUGGAACCAUCAGUUAAGGCAGUUCUGUGAGGAGCAAUUGGAUUCCCUCAAGUUUUUUAUCCGCAAGUAUCCAAAGGGACCCAAGUCACCUUUCUGCGAGCUGGACAUAAAGGCCCCAUUGAGACAACAAUUAGCCAACAUAGUUAUUUUAGAGAAUCCCAUUAUACAUGUAUUUCUCCCUUCACAUGGUUGUGAUUUUGAAGUUGUCAAAUGCAUGCAAUCUGUUACUCAUAGACAAGAAACUAACAAUUCCGCAAGCCCAAAAGGUGUUUCUUUUAGGGAGGAGGAAAUAGAAGAAAGUAAUGGCUCUUCAGAUCCUCAAAUAUAUGAUUUCACGAAGAAUGUAAUGUUGAGCCCACUGCAUGAAAUCCCUUGUCAUAACAUGUCUGAGAAAUCAUUAGAUGGGUCUUCUGAUGGAUCUUUUCUAGCGAGCAUGGCAGCAGACAGUAAUUCACAAAUUAACUCCAUGGGUAUAGAACCACUAUUGUUUGGGGAUUUGGAUUUUGGUUUUGAUCAGGCUUUGAUAGAUGCAUAUUCAGGUCUUAUUGGACAAGGCAAUCCUGAUGACUUUUUUGAUUUGGAAGGUGAACUUCCCAAGGAAGAGGAGAGUGAAAGGAAACAUUUGUCAAAUUCCAGGGAAGUUCUGUUGGUGCAGGAUGAACUAGAAGAGGGGGAAAUUGCAGAAUAAUGAAUAGGCUAUUUAUUAAUUUGGCUUGGAUUGGUGGGCUUUGAAAGAGCAGCCUCUGAGAAUAGUAUUUACCAUUCUAGAUUCAGUUUCUCAGUUCUUGUGAUACUACUAGUGCUUAUGAAGCAGCAUCCGUUAUGUGGUUAUUACUUAUACAUAAGGUACCCUAGUUUUCCUUCAUAUGAAGCUUAAGAACUUGCUCCCUUGGAUUCCUGUCACUUGUGAACUCAGUUGGAUGUAUGACUUUGAUAGCAGCAGCAAUCUCGUCUUCAUGUCUCUUGCUUCGGAAACUGCUUCCCUUCCUGAUAUGCUACUACAUUGCUGGUGAAUGUACUGAUUAUCUGUCAUCCCCUGAUGUUGGAUAGUCAAGUGUUUAAUGCAAUUUGAUUCCAGAGCUUGAGGGUAUAAAGCACUCUUGUUGUUUUUGAAAUAUCAAUUGACAUAUGGUGCUUGUAAAUUAGAGGCUGGUAGUUUUCAGGUGUCAAACUCUCGAUCCACGAGCUUAUCAUAACUGAGAAAUACCUAGAUGUUAAAUGUUGCCAAGCUUUCAGGACUAAAGAAAUUUAUAAUCAUAAGCCUUGCAGAUUGGUUACC